CGGGGAGCUGGCCGGGCAUCGUUGCCGGGGACUUGGGUCGGAACCAACGUACAAGAGGGACAGUGUCUCAUGCAUAAUCCAGCAGUCCUAUUUGAAUCCCGGCUCUGGAUACAUCAACUCCGCGUCUGUACCGCGUGAGCGUAGGGUGGGGGAACAGUUCUCCGGAAGCAGAGCGUAAACAGAACCGUAAAAGGACCGCCCAUGGCGCGUGAUGUUGAUUCGGAAAAAUGUCGCGCAGAAAUUAAAAGGAAGUGCGGAGAUUCGGAUGUGGUAGGAUACUGGAUGGAGCAUCGCGGUUCAACGUCAAGCGAACGCGCCGUUUAGCGCGCACCUACUCAGUGCAUACUGUUUCGAUUCAAGGAGUCACGAUCACAUGCCAGCCGAUCAAAAUAAUCCCUUCCUGGUUCAUGCCACGACUCGGACCCCUACCUACGCCGCGCUUAUCUACCUUACGCACUGCCGAGUCCACCCUCAACCGAAUCGCACCGCCCACGCGACCCGUGACCGCCAGUGAGGACGACGAGAGUUUACAAGACCGACUACGACGCCGUCGCCGAACAGAAUGGAAACGCAAACAACGGGGUCAAACAUUCCUCGACAACCUCAUUGUAUCGAUCCGGGGAGGCAGCGGAGGUGACGGCUGCGUCGCCUUUCAUCGCGAGAAAUACAAACCCUUCGGUCCGCCCUCCGGCGGCAACGGUGGGCGUGGCGGGGACGUUUACAUCAUGCCCACCCCCCACCUAACCACACUCUCUGGCAUCGCCAAGCGCAUACGCGGCAACCCAGGCGCCAACGGGCAGGGGACGUGGCAGAACGGGAAGGCCGGCGAGCCGCUCAUCAUACACGUCCCGCUGGGCACCGUCGUGCGCGAGAUCUCUCGGGGCGACACGCGGCGGUCGCCGGACGAGUGGGAGGCGGAGGAGGAGUCGAUGCAGGGCAUGAACACGGGCGAGCGGCUCGAAAAAAUGCGCGACAAUCGCUGGGUGCACUAUCCCCGCUCCGGAGACUCCAACUACACCCGUGACGCGUUCAAGGAGGCUGAACAGUCUCUGUACCGACACGAACGAGAGCGGAGAUACGAACGGCGGCAGCGCGAAAAAGAGGCCCCGAUCUACCUGGACCUGGAGCACGAGAUGCAGCAAGUGCGUGCUGUCGAUGCGCCUCUCGGAGCUCGGCAUCGAGAGCCAUUGGGUCAUCUUGUUGCGGCUGGUGGGCUGGGGGGUCUGGGCAAUCCUCAUUUUCUAGCUCAGUACAACCGGUCUCCGAAAUUCGCCACUCGCGGGCAUCCCGGAGAACGCAUCACUCUCGAGUUUGAGCUCAAAAUCCUCGCGGACAUUGGUUUCGUCGGUAUGCCCAACGCUGGCAAGAGCACGCUGCUGCGCGCACUGACAGGCGGCCGGGCCAAGAGCGAGGUGGCAAGCUAUGCAUUCACUACUCUGAAUCCCGUUGUCGGUAUCGUCCGCGUGGCUGACGAUGGAACGUUCGAGGGCAGCGUCAAGCCCGAACAGGUUUAUGACGAAACCGUCGUCGAAGAGGCACAGAAGCAAAGCCAGAUGCAGGACGGCGGACUCGCGGAUGCCCUCACCCGCAAUCAAACGGCCGAGCGACAUGCGACACUGCGGGCGGACCCUACGCGUGGAGGAUACCAUUUCGAUCUCGCAGAAACCUUUCGUUUCACGAUUGCAGACAACCCUGGUCUGGUGCACGAUUCGUCCGAAAACGUGGGACUCGGGCACUCGUUCCUGCGUUCGAUGGAGCGCUCGCUCGCUUUGGCCUACAUUGUCGAUCUGUCGGGGCCUGCACCCUGGGACGAGCUGCUUGUGCUGCGAGACGAGCUCGAAAAAUACCAGCCUGGAAUGAGCCGCAAGGGCGGAUGGUUAUUGCCAACAAGGCAGAUCUGCUUGGGGGUGAUGGCGAUCCAGACGCCGUCGCCGAGGCCAAAGCCAAACUGCGGCGGCUCGAAACGAUUGUGUCUGACAGGAUGGUCACCGGAGAAGGGCGUCAUCUGGACAUUGUCCCUGUUUCAGCCAAGUACGGCCAGAAUCUCACUCGAGCGGUUGGGUUGA